UUCACCCGCGCAAACGUAACUGGAGCCUUUGUUCUUCUCGUUCCAGUCUCUCUGUACGAUGGCAAGUUCCGAAUCAAAACCCAAUGAUCAGCUUAUUCCCUUGCCGGAAUCUGAGUCAUUGCCAGAAUCUGAAUCUGAAUCGCAGCUCUCAGUUCUCCUAUUCCAUAUAUCACAACAGGCCCAAGGGGCUAUGGAGAACAUGCUUAGAAUGAUCAGUGAAAUCGAUCAAAAUGCUGUUGGUAUAUUGGAAGACAUAGAGAAGUGCAGGGGUUCUGCUCUUGACAGGAAGGGAGUGCUAGAGGAAGAGAAACAACAAUUUCAACAAGCUGCUUACACUGUUUUAGACAUGCUCAACAACGGAGGGGGAACGCUGAAAAGUUGACUUUCAUCAGUCUAGGGUGGAAAAGUACAAGUUGUCAUAAUUCUCCUCCUAUUUUAUUCUCUAGACAUGGGUAAGGAGAACACAUUAGUGCCUAGCCUAUUUUCACCAUAUGCAUAAACAUUUUGCUUGAAUCUUGUUCGCCUAUUUCACACUUGUAUAGAUGAUAUUUUUGGAAGUCUUUCAUUUUCAAGCUUGAAAAUCAGCAAAUUGACUAGUUUUAAUAAACUCUUAUCCUUUAGAUAGCAGUCAACCCGAGUCAACUUGAUCCUAAAAAAUCAUGAUUUUGAGAUUAAUUUUGCUGUAAAGUUUCCUGGUAUGUAAUAAACACCCGCUUACGUUCUUAGUAAUAUAUUUAGAAGAGAUCAUUUAUCCUGGAUACUUCUCGAAGUUAUAUUCAAACAACAAGGCUUCUAACGUUCGGCAUUGCACUAACUACAAGCUAAGUAUGUCCAAAUUGUAAACCACUUUAUUGAAUAGUAAAA